UUUUUUUUAUAUCAACAAAAAUGACUACAGAUAAAUUAUUUCAAGAACUUGAAAAAGAAUUUUUACUUUCAAAAGAUCAACUUCAGCCUAUUAUUGAUGGUUUCAAGGCAGAGUAUAAACUAGGAUUGAAAACACCUUCAAAAGGUUUAGCAACCAUGAUUCCUUCUUUUGUAACCAAGAUGCCCACGGGCAAUGAAAAGGGUACCUUCCUUUCUUUAGAUUUAGGAGGUACCAACUUACGUAUCGCAGCCGUCGAAUUAAAAGGUGCUGGUAAAGCAGUCGUUCACGAACUUAAACGUAGUCCUACGGUAGAAUUGAAAGCGGGUGAAGGUUCAGUCUUUUUUGACUGGAUUGCUGAUGCCAUUCAUGAUCUCAUCUCUGUUGAUGCUAAACAUUUGUUUAAUGAAUCUCAAAUCUCUGGUAAAGAAACACUUUCCUUAGGUGUGUGUUGGAGUUUUCCUGUUGAUCAAACAGCUGUUGAUCGUGGUACUAUUCUUAGAAUGGGAAAAGGGUUUACUCUUAAGAACACAGAAGGUCAUGACCUUGCUGACAUGUUUCAUGAAGCUUUUAGGAGAAAGAACUUGAAUGUUAAGGUGACUGCCAUUUUGAAUGAUACAGUGGGUACACUUGUUGCUCAUGCAUAUACAAAUCCUGCUUGUCGUAUUGGCCUUAUAUUUGCUACAGGAGUGAAUGCUGCUUAUCCCGAAAAGGUACCUUUGAUUACUAAAUUAGAUGAAACUAUUCGCAACGAAUACGCCGAGGGUACAGAGAUGCUGAUUAAUACCGAAAUUGAUAUAUUUGGCAAUGAAUCUUAUUUACCCUUAACUAAAUAUGACCUUACCCUCGAUCUCUCACAUAAUCAACCCAAAUUCCAACUCUAUGAAAAGAUGCUAUCAGGUGCUUACCUUGGUGAAUUAACUCGUUUAAUUGCUAUUGAUUUCAUCAAGGCUGGUAUUCUGUUUGGAGGUCAUGUUCCUGAGGGAUUUGAUGAACCUUGGUCAUUCCCUACCAUGUAUAUGAGUACCUUGGAAAAUGACAAUGAAAUAGAGCGUAAGAAGAGUUUUGAACUCUUGAGUCAUUUUAAUUGCGUUAAUACCCCUACUUUGAAUGAUAUUGCCAUCUUAACUCGUAUCUGUCGUAUUGUCUCUACUCGUGCUGCCUCAUUGGCCGCUGUGGCUAUUAUUUCAUUAAUAGAUCAACAACAUCUUUUAGAUAUGGAUCAUAAUGAAAUUGUUAUCGGUAUUAAUGGCUCUACUUAUGAGUUCUAUCCUCAUAUGGACUUGCGUGUUCGACGUGCAUUGAAUGAAUGGUACGGUAAAGAAACCAGUGAUAAGAUUACACUUGAGGUUGCUUCUGAAGGUGGCAGUGUAGGUGGUGCAUUAAUUGCGAUGUUAUGCAAGUAAUUAUCUCAAGUACAUAUGCGUAUUCAUUUAUAUACAUACAUUACAUUACAUUACAUACAAACAAACAAACAGCUGUAUUAUUAUUACUUUUAUUGUUAUCUUCAUAUACAACUUUUUUUUUCUCUCUCUCUCAUUAUGUAUAUCAUUUAGACAUAUAUAAAUAAAACAAGAGACUAUAUAUACAUUUA